AGUUCCGGGAGGCGGGUUGGUCCGAACCGCCAGCGCAGGGAGUUCUGUGAGAGGAGCGGCGGAGGCGGAGGCGGAGGCAGAAGCGCGACCCGGGAGAGGCAGGGAUCCGUGCGUGACCCCCCCCCCCCCCCGUCCCCCCGGUGAUGGAGUAGGGCGGUCGUUGCGGGUGUCGACGUUAGACCGUCGAGGAUCGGCAUUGUCACGGUCCGGCGGCAGGAAGGCUCCGGGCCCCGCGGCGCUUUCCCCAGCGGCCGAGGCUGUGCAACCCGGGAGUGAAGACUGGAUGUUGAUGUCGAGCAGAGAACAUGGCGCUGUGCCCCUGCACCAUAACACACACGGAAUCUGAACUUGAUGGAUGCCAUUCUUCAGCAGGGCCAGGUCUGAGAGUGCACCUGUACUGGUCGAAUGAAGGCACGCAAGAUCUGGUGUUCACUGAUGGGGAAAUGGUUGCGGAGGAUGUGUGCAUUGUUGCAGCGCAGAAAUGCUCAAUUUCCCCACUGUGCCACAGUUUAUAUGCACUACAUGACCUAAAAGAAAAUCUUUGGUACCCCCCAAAUCACAUCUUCAAGAUCAACAAGGACCUAUGUCUGACCCUACAUUAUCGCAUGAGGUUUUAUUUUAAGAAUUGGCAUUGCCUGAGUGAAAAGGAAUCUUGGGUACAACGAUGGACUCCAAAGAGGGGUGAUCCCGAAAAACUCGACCAAGGCAGCCCUCUGUUUGAUCACAUGUCACUCAAUUACAUCUUUGCACAGGGUAAAUAUGAUUUCAUAAACGGCAUUGCUCCACUCCGGGAACCGCAGAAAGAGCAGGAUGUACAUGUCUUCCAAAAUGAGAGUCUGGGAAUGGCUGUUCUUCACCUUUCGUACAUCGCAGUCCAGAGUGGGCGCUCGCUUGGGGACGUGUCUAAAGAAGUGAGUUUUAAGGAGUGCAUCCCAAAGGCGUUCCGUACAAAAAUUGAGAAGAGCAAUCCCCUGACGAGGGUCCGUCUAAAACGUGGUUUUCGAAAAUUUGUGAGGGGCUUCCAGCUGCCUGUCGCUGGUCCUGGGAAGAUGAUCCAGCACGAUAUUGUAUUCAAAUAUAUCUCCACCUUGGAGAACCUAUGCAACAACUUUGGAGGCGAGUUCUUCCAGGCUCUGUACUUGGAGGUACUGCCAGAAAGCAGCAGGACUCCUUACAUAAAUGGCCGGUAUUAUGUGAGGACCACAGAGGACCUUAUCUGCCCUGCACAGGUUACCCAGGAAUAUGAAGUGCUGGUGACAGGGACAGAGGGCAUACAGUGGAGAACAUUGAAGAAGGAGCCCCUACCCAUCAAAAAGAUCGGAUGGAAAGGAAAAUCUGGAGACCACAGUAAUAACAAACUAAACGAAGCAAUGGAGUUCACUGAGAAGUUGUGGAUUUAUUUCUGUGAUUUUAAGGAGAUUACACACAUUGCCAUCUCUGACUGCAGGGUCAGUGUUCAUCGGCAGGAUAACAAAUGUCUGGACCUGGUACUGACCUCCCAUAAAAUUGCACUUUCCUUUGCAUCGUUGAUUGAUGGUUACUCUCGCCUGACGACUGACUCGCACCACUACCUGUGUCAUGAGGUGGCUCCUCCACGGGUUGUCCUGAGUAUCACCAACGGCAUCCAUGGACCAAUGCAACCGCACUAUGUCACCAACAAACUCCGGAGAGAGGAGAACAAGGAGGGGCUUUAUGUUCUGCGAUGGAGUGCGUUAGACUUCAACAAGAUUAUCAUGACGGUUGUGAGUAAGGAAAAACCUGAGCGUGAAUUAUUUCGAGGUUCUGGAGGAAUUCAAGGCAUUAAACAGUUUCAGAUUGAGAGGAAGGCACCAGAUGUUUAUAUGCUACAGGGUUGGGAGCGAUCAUUUCCCAGUGUUAAGGAGCUUCUCGAGAGUCUGAAGGGCUGCAUGCUGAAAUCAGGGAAUGAGAGCUACGUGGUCAAUAAGUGUUGCCCACCUCUACCACAUGAAUUCUCUAAUUUGAUAAUAACAAGAAACAGCAAAAAUGCUGACAUUCGACCACUCACAGCUCAGUUAAAUCUGAGCCAGCUUAGCUUUCACCAGAUACGGAAGGAGGAAAUAAUUCAGGAGCACCACUUGGGCCGAGGAACUAGGAUGAAUAUCUACGCUGGUCGGUUUUGUAUCCGAGGUGAGGAGGAGGAAGACGAGGAAGAGAUGAACUCCUCCAGUGGACCAAGGCACAGUGAAGCAAGGGAUAUUCGUGUGGUGCUGAAAGUGCUUGACCCCAGUCACAGGGACAUUGCGCUGGCAUUUUUCGAGCUCGCUAGUCUGAUGAGCCAAAUUUCUCAUGCUCACUUGGCCUUUGUUCAUGGAGUCUGCGUACGAGGCUCGGAAAAUAUAAUUGUGGAAGAAUAUGUGGAAUUUGGACCACUGGAUGUCAUGAUGCGAAAAGAGAAAGGGAAAAUAAGCCCAGGGUGGAGUCUGACUGUCAUUCAGCAGCUUGCUAGUGCACUGAGCUAUCUGGAGGACAAAAACAUGGUGCAUGGCAAUAUUUGUUGCAAGAAUGUUCUUGUUGCAAGGAAAGGAUUGGAGGAGGGCAGCAGUCCCUUCAUCAAAGUCAGUGACCCAGGCAUCAGUUUCACAGUGCUCUCUCGAGAAGAACGUGUGGAGCGAAUUCCAUGGAUCGCCCCAGAAUGUGUCCAGAACGUUAACAAAUUGAGCCUGGGUGCCGACAAGUGGAGCUUUGGAACAACAGUGCUGGAGAUCUGUUGCAAUGGAGAGGUUCCGCUGAAGGAACGAACUCUGUCAGAGAAAGAGAGGUUUUAUGAGAUGAAAGGAAAGCUUCCGGAACCAUCCUGUAAAGAGCUGGCAGACCUGAAUAGCCUGUGCCACAGCUAUGAGCCAAACCAGCGGCCAUCUUUCAGGACAAUACUGCGGGAGCUCACACUGCUGCAGCAACAAAAUCCAGAUAUUUCGUGUGAAAACUCAGUGCCAACGGUCUCUGACCCCACAGUCUUCCAGAAACGCUACUUGAAGAAAGUCCGGGAUCUUGGAGAGGGCCAUUUUGGCAAGGUGGGGCUGUACAUCUAUGACCCAUUUAAUGAUGGCACAGGGGAAGUGGUGGCAGUGAAGUCUCUGAAGUCCGAGUGCGGGGAAGAACUGCACACAAGCUGGACCCGAGAGAUUGAGAUUCUGAAAACUCUCUACCAUGACAACAUCGUCAAGUACAAAGGAAGCAGCAGUGAGCAAGGAGGGCAGAUUGUGCAACUGAUCAUGGAAUACCUGCCACUGGGCAGUCUGCGGGACUACCUCCCAAAGCACAACGUGGGACUUGGGCAGCUUCUGUUGUUUGCACAGCAGAUUUGUCAGGGCAUGUCCUACCUACAGUCCCAACGUUACGUGCACCGUGACCUGGCUGCAAGAAACGUACUGGUGGAAAAUGAGAAUGUGGUGAAGAUUGGGGACUUCGGACUGGCGAAAGCAAUCCCCGAGCACCAGGACUAUUACCGAGUUAAAGACGAUGGAGACAGCCCUGUGUUUUGGUAUGCUGUUGAUUGUCUGAAGGAAGGAAAAUUCAAUUUUGCUUCCGAUGUUUGGUCAUUUGGAGUCACGUUGUACGAGCUCCUGACGUACUGUGAGGCCCGACAGAGCCCGCCAGCGAAAUUUAUUGAGAUGAUUGGAGUGACACAUGGACAGAUGACAGUGGUCCGACUGAUUGAUCUGCUGGAAAGGGGCAGACGUUUGCCUUGUCCAAAGACCUGUCCAUUAGAGGUUUAUCAGCUGAUGAACAAGUGUUGGGAAUCUGACCCAGCUCGUCGACCCAAAUUUCAGGAGUUGUUUCCAAUAUUUCAGAAGCUGUAUGAACGAUACAAAAAGAUUGAAACUUCAAGCAUUCUCCAGAAGUAUUAAACACCCAAAGCUUCCAACCAACCUUCAUCUUUCUUUAUUACUGCCCCUGCCUCUAUUCCGAUCUCCUCCACUCCCCCGUCCAUCUCUCCCCAACAGGGUUGUCAACUGUUGCAACAGCACCAAAAGCGGUCGCCAUAUUAUGAACAGCAAGCUCCCAUAAAUGGUAUUGAGAUUGCUUUUGGUGUUUGACCAUGGCUACAUGUUGACCAGGAUACUGACAGAGCACCCUGGAACUCUUCAAAUAGUGCCGAAACAGGGAGGCAAGGCCUCGGUAUUGUGUCUCAGUUGGAAGAUAUGAAUAGCACUGGUCACGUCUUUAACUGUGGAAUCUUAUUUAGAUCAUUGCUGUUCAGUGGAGAUUUUGGCAAAUUGUGGCCAAGAAGUGCGACUGCGGAAAAGACUUCUGCUGAAGGUCCACGUUUUUUCUUAACUCCUUCCAAACAUUCGGAAUGGGGGUUUGAACUUGACUUGAAAUCAGGAUAAUCAAGUAUACAGCGGCACAUAUACUACACUUUUGUUAACUUUUGUGAAGUUCAGAUGCCAUGGAUAAUUAAGCGUUGGGAAAUGCAGUUUGAUUUUCCUUCUGAAUAAUGUCUGUGAGAGUCUUAAUGAAGCUUAAAAGAUGCAGCUUAGUGUCUGGUGUAAUCUGCUGUGUCACACAACAAAACUGAUAUAGCAGUGUUUAUUUUCUGAACCACGCCAAGAGUUCACUGGUGCAUCUGACCCUGUUGCUUUUUAAUACUGUCAAUAUUUGUGUUAUACCAAAUGCUAAUGGACCUAUGUACUUUGUUUUUUGAGUUAUGAAAUAUAAUGGAAACAAAUUAACUUUCAGGAUAUAGCAGCAAGGUUUAUAGUGUUGGGAAAUGAAAAUCACCGCCGUCUUCUUUAAUGUGACUAUCACCUACUAGUGUUGCAUGCCUCUGCAUUAUGUCUGCCAAACAACGUUACCUAGCAUCAUAUUGGAGGAGAGGAAUCAUCACUUGUUCCCCUGCCAUGGUUGUGAUAUAGCUGACUUUACUGAAUGCUGAAUCUAUUUGUCCCUUCAUUUUAAAACUGUAUCCUGCUGCAGUCUGGAGUAAAAUCAGUGAUACAUCAGUACAUUGUGCUAAGAUUAUCUGAGCUGCAAGCAUACUGAAGCCAGGCAGGUAAAUGCAGCAUGCUCUCCCUUAUCUGGAAACAGAUAAAAGCCCCAGAAGUAGAAACAUGACUCAGUAUCCAUAUCACCUGUGAAGGGAUUGAGCAGACAGUAUGACCAGCACCUCCCCCAGGUUUCUAGUAUUCUCUUGCACUUCUUACUGUAUAUGCACACUGUUCCACAACUACUGUUCUGUUGGUAUUCUAAGACUUUAUCUUGCAAUGCAACAACAUUGUGGAAAGGCACUUCAUAAAUCAUGUUAGUAUUAAACUGAUAGUUACACUUGCUUAAUUGUGUAGUUUGCAUGAUACAGCUAACGUUUAUGACUGCAGUACCCACUCAUUAGGAAAAUUUGCUGCAAGAGUUACUGAGCUCAGUUGUGGCACAGUUAAAUGACAUUUUAAAUGAUCUUGGAAGGAGGGUUCCUCCAGUUCUUGAUGAACACAGCCACUGCUUGAUCUACCUUUGGGAAUUUUCCAAGUUUGGUUUGCUGCCUGUGCUGAGUUGUUGCCCUUGGCUGGUGCCACACGGUUGGCCCUCAGCUGAUGGGAUUGCAUAAACUCUGGUCGUUUGGGUUAGGAACAUCAUCAGGAGAGUGGAGCCAAGAAUGGGGUUGGCACACUCUGUAAUUCCUUCAAAGCAGUUUUAUCAUUGACCUUCAAACAUUUUUCAACAGUUCCCAUUUUUUUGAACCUGAGAAUCUUUUGAUUCUUUGUAUCUGCGUGUGGCUUUUUAUCAGUUGCUCCCAGUACAGCUCAAGCUUUGAAAGUGAUUUUGGAUUUUUGAACAGCCUUUUAAAUCAAGGCUGAGUGACUCUGUCACUGCCAAGGCCCCUGAGCCAGUUGGAAUUAUCAGCUUCCCUCGACCAGAAUGCCAUGAGGUAGACAGUGAACCUUGGAAAAAGUCAGAUGAGGGAAGCAAAGAUGAUGGAUGAUUUGUUCUCCACUGCCCCUCUCCUCAGUGCAUGCAGUGGAUGAUCAGUUUACACCAGGCUGUGAUUUAUGCAUAAGAAGGCAGCUCCAGACUGCAGGCUUAUCAGUUUUGCCUUGUCCAUGACAUCUGUGAGGUGAUGAAAUUAGAAAAAAAAGCUGGAAUUACAGAGCAGAUAUUUUGUGUUGAUCUACAACUUUGACAGUGGGGAAGGAGCACAGCUUCUGAUCUCACUACUUAUUAUCAUGGUGACAAUUUGUUCUUGCAGCAGUGACCAGUUUGUGAGAACAAGGAACUGAACUCUGCAGCACAAAACACACCAGGAGGAAACAAACUGAUGUUUCAUGAAUAAUUUGCUUUUGUAUAGCAGCUCCUGUAUAAUAAAAUGACCAAAGAUGCUUAAUGGGUGUAUUAUAAAACAAGUCAGUCACUGAAUUAUUGAACAGGAACUUGUUUCAAGCAUUUGAACUGGACAAAGAAACAGGAAAAUAAAUGGUUUGAAAAUCUCCAAAGAUAUAGAAAAGUCAAAAAAAAUCUCUUGUCAUAACAUGAACUUUAUGGGAUUUUUGUGUAAUUAUCUGCACCAUUAUAUUUGGAGAUUGAUUGUCAAUGAUGGGAAUAUUGCACAAGAACAUGUGGCCAAUUUACUGUUUAAAAUUGUAAUUAUUUUAAGUUCACAUUGAUGGACACAGCAUAAACUAUUUUGGAAUACUGUGUGUGGAAGGCUCUAUGUGCACGCACAGAUUUGCACUUUGUAAAUGGAAUCUGGCAAAACUGAAGCCAGUGAAUGAUUCUACCUUUCUUUCUCUAAAGGGCUUUAACGGUAACAUUAUGAUCUUGUGAAUGUGAUUGGGGAUAUCAUUAUUCAUGUGUUUAUACCAGUUGGCAAAUUGGAUGAUUUCAAUGGACCUCCACUAAUUUAAGCAUUUUUUUAUUGCCUUCACUCUCGUCAGCUUGUUACUCUAUGCCCACACCAUUUAUUUAUUAAUGUUACGCAACUAAGUUGCAUUGAAAUUCAUUUAAACAAUGAAUCGCAUUAAAGCAGUGUGGUUUAUAUUUUUUGAUGUGAACAUUAAUUUCUUAUAAAGUACUCCCUUUUUUGAUUUUACUUCCUGGAGCCUUCUGUAUCCAUGUGGUCCAGUUGUCAGGGAAGAAGCAUCAGGAUUUCAACCCAUUGAUGCGUAAAGAAAGGCAGUAGAUUCCCAGUUCAGAAUGGUGGGUGACUUGUAAAGGGCAGCCUUAUGCUGCUGCCCCUGUCUUUCUAGGUUCCAGGACAGGCAAGUUCCUGCAGUGCAUCUACUGUUGCUUUUCUUGGGUUUACUCCAGAUCAUGAUUUCAUGAGAAAAGAAGCAACAUGGUGAUGUGAGCACCUCUUGCUGUGCUCUUGUCAUAGCUUUCCCUAAUAUGUAAAUCUCUUCUCAGCUCUCAGAGUUUUAAACUACACCUUGUACUUUUGGGAAGCAAUGCUAUUUCACCAAAAGGUUAAAAACUUACUUUAGUUGUAGAGGUAGAAAGAGGUUUCACAUGUCUUGCCAAACACCCAAUAAAUGUGUGAGUGAUGGUGUUAAAAGUGGACUGCACGGCUGGGUUAGUUUGCUAUGCUGCAGAUUAAAUUAUCUUGCCAAUGAUUAAGGAAAAUGGGGCUUGAAAUUAAGAAUGGAUAUGGAUUAUCUGCAGAUCUUUUCCAUUUUUAAGUAGAGCAUAUGCCAAUCCACAUCAUUUAUCAUGGAAUGUUUUUAUUUUAUUCAGAUAACCAUAUUGUGUUCCAGCAUUGCAAUUAUUCCUUCUAAAAGUAAUAAACUGUUCAUUUUCACUCUC